AUGACAGAACUGAGACGCGAGUUCUGGAACACAGACAAAAAGGAUCAAUUUCCUCGACCUGUAUUUCGUAUUUGUGUACUUUAUGUUGAUGAAGAGAUUUCAGUUCAAAGACAAAUAGCAAGAGGUAAAAUGAUUCGUGAACAUAACAUGAAUGUAAAGAAAACUGGGCAAGGUGAAAUUUGGCCUGAGCGUGUAACAGAUAACGAUGAAAAUUUAAUUCGUGAAAGAUAUGCGAUAUUUAAAGCACAUUAUGGUUCACUCUUAAAACUAUCCAAAAUGUUUCCUUUUCACCUGAUCAAUGCAACAGAUACUAUUAGAAAUGUGUUACAGAUUAUAUUAAAAGAGUUUGAAUAUCAAUCUUCACUAGAAUUAGAUUCAGAGACUUAUGAUUCAAUUUCUCAUAUUCCUGUUGCAUCACAGAUUGGAAUUCAUGCUCGUCAAGUAAACUAA